GUGCUGGACACGACAGAAAUUUCCUUGUCAGCCGCCAUGACUCGCUUUUUUAGUUUUAUUCUAAUUUUUCGUCUUUCACUUCGUCCCCUUCUUUCUUCUCCAGCCCACUCAAGCUCCGUUCCGUCACGGUCACGUCCACCCACUGCCUCUCGUCAAUCCCCUCUCUCUGGGUGACCUGUCAAAUUCCCUUCUAUUCUUCUUGCCGUUUUUAUUACUUCAUCAAUCCUCCUCUCGUGCCUACCCGAGGCGUCAAAUCUGGUCCUGGUCUCUCGACAAGUUAAACUGCAUCUUCAACCGAAGACCAAAAGGCUUUUAUCGCGGCGCAGCAACAUCUUUCUCGAUCCAUUGCGACCUUUUUUCACGAGCUACCGUUUUAUUCCAUAGACGGGUAACCUUCUCGAUACGAGCCUUCGGUGAUAUCGACCUGCUUAAUAUCUUUAACUGGUAUUGGGACAGCAGUCAUCCAUCAUCUUUGAGCUUUAUUAUUAGGUCGACUGAGAAAAGUUUUUCGAUAAAUCUGCUCCGUUUCUCCAUACGCCUGACUGCCGCCUCGAGCCCUUAGGCAAGAUAAUUUUGAUACAAACGACAAGAAAAAUACUUCCACAACCCCCUGCAAUAUAUCCUUUUCCCUGUGACUUUGACUAGUCAUGGCGAAUCCGUUGCAGUUUGCUUACCGAACCCAGAAGGCCAUCGGUGUCACCGACGCUGCGCCUGUCUACGAGCCUCUACCUGGAUUCGUUAAACCCGAAGGGAAUUUGCGGUGCUGUGUCUACUCGCCCUGCGGCCGGUAUCUCGCCUGGGUAUCCAGCGAACGUGUCUGCAUUAUCGACGCAUCUGUUGGCCAUGUUUUAACUAACAUACCUGUCCCUAACGUCUUCGAAGUCGCCUUUUCUCCCCGGGGUUGUUUCGUAAGCACCUGGGAGCGCCCCGCAAAGGAUGAGGCUGGUGAUGCGACUAAGAAUUUAAAGAUUUGGCGAACCAUUGAAGACCUCCCCGAUGGCGUCGAGAAGCAACCGAUAGGAAAGUUUGUGCAAAAGUCCCAGACCGGUUGGAACCUUCAAUACACCUCCGACGAGAAGUUCUGCGCUCGUCUUGUCACCAACGAAGUGCAGUUCUAUGAGAGCCAUGAUCUAAGCAAAGUCUGGGAUAAGCUUCGAGUCGAAGGCGUGACCGAUUUUGCCAUUGCUCCUGGGCAGAGCCACAAUGUUGCCGUUUUUAUCCCCGAGCGAAAGGGUCAACCUGCUGCGGUUAAGGUUUACAACGUUCCUCAGUUCACAACCCCGAUUUCCCAGAAGACUUUCUUUAAGGGCGACAAGGUUCAGCUGAAGUGGAACAGCUUGGGAACAAGCCUUAUUGUGCUGGCACAAACGGAUGUUGAUAAAUCAAACAAGAGUUAUUACGGAGAAACUACUCUGUACCUUCUUUCCGCCAACGGCUCCCUAGACGCUCGCGUCACCUUGGAUAAGGAUGGUCCGAUCCACGAUGUGUCCUGGUCUCCAAACGGUAAAGAGUUCGGUGUUAUCUACGGCUAUAUGCCUGCGAAGACCACACUAUUUAACCACAGAGCCGUCGCCACCCACUCGUUUCCUAUUGCGCCCCGGAACACGAUCAUCUUCUCGCCCACCGGUCGUUUUGCCCUGAUUGCUGGAUUCGGCAAUCUUGCUGGCCAAAUUGACGUUUACGAUUUGGAGAAGGGUUACCGCAAGGUUUGCACGAUUGAGAGUGGCAGCCCUAGCGUGUGCCAAUGGAGCCCCGACAGUCGAUAUAUCAUGACCGCCACAACGUCCCCGCGCCUCCGUGUUGAUAAUGGCAUCAAGAUAUGGCACGUCGGAGGGGGCAUCAUGUACCACGAAGACAUGGUGGAGCUUUAUAACGUAACGUGGAGACCUGUUCUCCCCGAGAACCUCCCCCGUGAUGACCCGCUACACCCAAUUCCCACCCCCCAUUCUUCGGCUGUCGCAUACCUAGGAACAGUGAAAACUCCGUCGAAGCCUGUUGGAGCUUAUCGUCCUCCUGGCGCCCGAGGAAUGUCGACACCGCUUCACUUUAGACGUGAGGACGAGGGAGGCGCGGCCCAUGUUAUGACUAACGGUGCCCAGAAUGUUGGUCCGAACGGAUUUGGACGACCGCGUCGUCAGGUUCCCGGUGCGGAAUUCCUCGAAUCUGGUGCGCGUACCGUCCCAGGCGCGGUACCAGCCGAUACGCCGGGUGCCAACGGCGACGAAAAUUUGUCGAAGACUGCGCUUAAGAACAAGAAGAAGAGAAAUAACAAGAAGGCCAAGGAUCCCGAGAGCAAGGAUGGAGAGAGGAAAGAGAACGGUGGUCUGGCGCCUCCGCCUAGGGAUCAAGGUCCUGGUUCUGGGAACGAGGGACGUAGUCCUGAGCGUCGAGGUCAGCAGUUUAAUCAGCGAAGACAUGAUCGAAGUCGCUCGCGGCACAACUUCCAAGGCGGUAACAACCAAGGACGUCACCGCAGCAACACGCAUCAGAAUGGACAAGCAGCACCUGCUGCUCCGCAGAUCCAGACAUCUCAGCCACCUACUACUGACGCUCUGCUCUCACCCGGCAGCCAGAACCCCGCGUCCAAGAAACUGCGCAGCUUGCAGAAAAAGAUCCGCGCAAUCGAGGACCUUGAAAUGCGACAUGCUGGUGGUGAGAAGCUAGAGGACACCCAAAUGAAGAAGAUCGCCACGAAAGCUGCAGUUGUUAAGGAAUUAGAAGCCUUGGAGAAGGAGGCUCAUUAAAUACGAGCUUGACUUGACGGCGAGAGUUGUUGCGCUGAGGGAGGCUUUGAUAUGCCAGGCCUGGUUCUGGUUAGUCCUGGUAGGGACGCCUGGGAGGUAUGGGAACUUAGGGUACCUUUGGACUAGGUGAUGUGGUAUCAUAUCCGGCUUGUCACUGGCGUUAAGGGGAAGAAAAAGGCAAGCGAGGCCGCUUCUGCUCAGCUCCCGGAGAGGACAUGCGAAAGUGAAUUGCCUUUGCGAAGCGUUGCGAUAGUUACCUAAUUUUACAGUAUCCUGAAAAGGAAAAGGUACUUUGAAACCAGCAUGCAUUUCGUCAUAGUCUUUAUGCUCGAGGAGUGAUAUGUAAAUUUAUGGCUUGAUAUCUAGAUAAUGUAGAUGUGUAUGCCUUAUGUACCUCCCUCGGUCUAAUAUUCCAGUUCUUUUUUUCUUCAUAACGAGAUUUGCAGCUUUAGGCACAGAACAAUAUGAUAGAUAGUAGCAAGGAGUCCGCGUCUUAUUAUACUGGCCGUAAAUAUACGACAUCAGAAACGAUCAUCUCAGGUAUAGCUUAUAUUUAUUCAUACUUUAGGAGGUAGGCAUCUGUUCCAUAUUCCUGUGCGCAAGCGAUAUAGACCUCAACAUUUAUACGCGUGGCUCUCGCUCGAUAAAUCCCACUAGACCCAAAGAUGCGUAUAUCGACACUUCCCUCCCUCCUUUCUAUC